AUGAAGGGUCCUUCCAAUGCAUCUGCGGGAGCGGCACCUUUUAUGACCGCAUGGAAUGUUGAGUCUCAGACGCAUCUCAUUAUUGGAGCAAGUUCUUUGGCUGCUGCUCGGUGUACGAAGAGUCUUGAGGCUGGUGCCAAGCCUGUCGUUCUUGCGCCAGAGACCGCGGACAUUCAUUUCACCCUAAAUGAACAUAUUGCCAAUGGUUCUGUGCAGCUGUUGCGUCGUGAUUUUCAAGACGACGAUUUGACUGCCUUGGGAAGAGAGGAAGUUGACCGGGUCGUGGAUGCGGUCUUUGUCACAUCGGGUGGCAACAAUGAACUGAAUACGCAUAUUUCAAAGCUGUGUCGAAGGCUUCGAAUCCCAGUGAACGUUGCUGAUGCUCCGACUCUGUGCUCGUUCACCUUACUCUCCACUUACUCAGACGGGCCACUUCACAUUGGCAUUACAACAUCUGGUCGCGGGUGUAAGCUUGCGUCCCGCCUGCGGAGAGAAAUCGCCGCUUUUCUCCCUGCAGAUCUCGGAACCGCCAUUGACCGACUUGGUGCCAUGCGGUGCAGACUUUGGGAAGAAGACCAUGCCGCUGGCCUGACUGAUGCUGCCCUUGAAGGCGACGACGAUGAUGCCGCUGGCCAGAAACAUACCUUCAACACAUUGGUCACAGAAGAUGAUGUUGCUGCAGCAAAGACACGGAGGACGCGUUGGUUAUCACAAAUCUGCGAAUACUGGCCUCUAAAGAAACUUGUGUCUAUCAACGACGCCGAUAUUGAGAAAAUUCUACAAGCCUAUUCGUCUGGUAACACAACAACACAAGAGACAGAUGAAGCCAAUGGAGUUACAAGGAAGGGCAAGAUCAUCCUUGCUGGCUCUGGUCCAGGUCACCCAGAUCUGCUUACACGCGCCACAUACAACGCUAUUCAAAACGCCGACAUCAUCCUCGCCGACAAGCUCGUCCCCGCUCCAGUGUUAGACUUGAUUCCUCGUCGAACAGAAGUCCACAUUGCCCGCAAGUUCCCCGGAAACGCUGAUCAGGCGCAAGAAGAGUUUCAACAAAUGGGUCUCGCCUCCCUGCGGAAGGGCCAAACCGUUCUCCGACUCAAGCAAGGAGACCCAUACCUAUACGGUCGCGGAGCAGAGGAAUUCGAAUUUUUCCGCGCCGAAGGCUAUAUCCCCGCCGUUCUUCCUGGUAUCACCAGCGCCAUGAGCGCUGCCCUAUUCGCCGAUAUCCCGGCAACCCACCGAGGCGUUUCCGACCAGGUCUUGGUCUGCACGGGAACUGGUCGGAAGGGUGCUGCCCCUAACCCUCCGGCUUAUGUGCCUACUCAGACAGUCGUUUUCUUGAUGUCCCUCCACCGACUAUCUGCCCUCAUCGAGUCUUUGACUACAUACCCUGUCGAGGACUCGACACAAUCACGGGCACUUUGGCCUAAGGAGACGCCUUGUGCUAUUGUUGAGCGAGCAUCGUGUCCUGAUCAACGGGUUGUUCGAUCUACUUUGGAACAUAUCUGCCAGGCAUUUGAAGCAGCUGGUUCACGACCACCCGGCCUGUUGGUUGUUGGUGCUAGUUGUCAUGUUUUGCAUAGCCCGAAUGGGCAGAAAUGGGCUAUCGAAGAGGGCUUCAGUGGUCUGGAUGGACUGACUGGAGAGGUUGAUGCCGUGACUGUUGCCCUGAAUGAGGCAGAGAAGUGA